CCCGUCGCGCCGCCUGUCGUCUUGUAUGGCGUCCCGAGGUGAGAUGCGCUCGACGACACCUCUCCUGUCUCCGCCUUCCUCCCUCGUACGCUCGCCUCCGCGUCAUCAGCAGCGGCAUCACACCCGGCCGCGCGCUCAAACAUUCCCUGCCGCCAGAGAGACGAGGCCAGGCCCGCCAGCUCUGCCCAUCAACUCGCCGAGUGCGGAAGAGCUGGCGCGCGCGCUGGAGCUGCAGUUCUACAGGACCGAGCUGAGGGAGCAGAGGCGCCUGAUGGGCGUGAUGGAGCAUCAUAGCAUGUAGAG